AUGCACAACGUCAGACUGUUGACUGCAAAUUCAAUGGUAGAGCUUUGUACACCUGUCAAGGAUAUCGACGUUAGUUCACUUCUUCAAAUGUCCAUCUCACUCUAUGGAAGACAACUGAGUGGGCUAGUUAUGUUAGUGCCUCGGGAUCCAUUAUGGCACUCCAGCAGCGGAUCAGAAUUCGCUCGCGUGUGUGAACAGUCUACAGAGCUUCACUUUGAUCCGCUACCAAAACAGUUGCAAGGCGUAGUGGAGUCGAUUUGGAGAGAAGAGUCGGCAUCAGAACGAACGAAAAUCAAAGAUGGCAAAGAGAAAAUCUCAAAGGCGUCACAUGACACGGCUCUAGAGGUUGGAGAUGUGUACUGUACACGACACUCAAAUCUGAGGGAUGUCCAGGCUUGUGUUUCACCUGGUUGUAGGCCGAUGCAUACACUCCCAGUCCUUCAGUCUUUCCAGUCGGGUAAAGUGUGCGGUGUAUGUGGCGGUUCUGCGGUAGGUGGUGGUGUGACCAGCGUUCCGCACUUCAACAUUCACCUGGUUCUGCCGUCUGGACUCGAAGCAAUGUGUACUAUCAACGAUAUAGCAAUGUUCCUACAAUUAUUUUUCAUCUCGUUCCAAGACCAAACUAAUUACAGGGCUCCUUUUGCUCCACUGGCCGCGCGCUAUCCAUCUGCGCAUCGACGUGCACUGGCUGCUUACGAUUCGGAGGACGAGAGUGAUCUUGUCGCCGCGAUCACUUCCGUUGCUAUAUCCGCCGUCAACGAUCACACAAUGCAACCGGAUAUAAACAGUUGUGAAUUGCCAAGUGAGCAUGCGACCGCUUAUCUGACUUCACGCCGACAGGUAAACCAUAUUAGCCGUUUGGCGGCUGCAGAAGUACGGGACAAGUACACGCAAACAGGCGAAAAUUUCAAUCUGGCUUUUAAAAUGGUGAAGAGCGACACGAAACUGGUGAAAACGGUUCUGCAUAGUCAUGGCUUUACUCAAUGUUCUCGUAAGAAUCCAUCAUUUAACAGGCUUGGUGUGGUUCGUUGCAAUGCGUGCAACCCAGAUGCGCAAUAUUCAGCCGUGUUUCCAAGGUCGACUGAGCUAACUAGAAAGGACAAAUUGUAUGACAACAUAGCGCGGUCUGCUGCCAUAUUUGGUGACGCGUUUAGCUUUAUUCCGGAAUUUUUCGUUACCCCUCGAGAUGCAUCGCUUUUGGAAACGGCGAUCCAACAUUCGAUGGCAGAUUCCACGUUUAUCGUAAAGCCAGUGAGCUCAUCACGGGGACAGGGUAUCUUCUUCGCCAGCACGGUAGAUGAAAUUCCCCGCGCUGACACACUGCUGGUUUCACGUUAUGUAGAGAAUCCAUUACUGGUGAAUGGUCAUAAAUUUGAUCUCCGAAUAUAUGUUGCUGUCACUUCAUUCUAUCCUUUGAUAAUCUAUGUUUAUUCCGAGGGUUUAACACGGGUCGCAUCAGAGAAGUAUCGCAGUGAAGUGGACUCCCGAGAUGCCUUUAUUCACCUCACGAAUUAUUCUAUUAAUAAAAACAAUUCAAAUUUUGUGCGGAAUGAAAGCAUGGCGAGCGAGGAUUUCGGUCACAAGUGGACCUUGGGCGCCUUAUUACGUCACUUAGAAAAAUUUAGAAUUGAUUCGAAAAGUGAGUUCGGUUCAGAGUAUAAAGUCGUUCUGGAGGCGAUAAUGUUGAUGCUACGAAUCGAAGAUGUUAUAAUAAAGAGUCUACUUUCCGUGCAAACACGCAUCACCUCAGCAUGUCGCACUGCCACUCCUUAUGUAGGGACGAAUUUCGAGUUGUUCGGUUUUGAUAUUCUCGUUGACGCGGAACUUAAGCCUUGGCUACUUGAAGUCAAUUUGUCUCCCAGCCUUUCCUGUGACGCUCCUUUGGACUCCUUAGUGAAGACCAGGCUUAUAUGUGACCUAUUCAAUCUCGCGUGUGUGCCCCUAGUGAACCGAAAACUUGCCGGAAUUGAAUCAGUUCGUGCAAGCAGAGACGACAGUUUUGAUUCGGAUGACGGGGAGUUGAUGGCAGAGAAAAACAAGAAAGUAAUCAGUCCAUCAAAACGAGGAAUCACAACAAAGCGAAGGCGACCAGUGCGAAAUGCGUUCGUCACAACUCCCGGGGGUGCCGAUCCAAGCAUGCGGUCCAUAUGUCGUCGAGCUAGAGCGGAAAUGUCUCGACGAGGCGGUUUCGUUCGAAUUUUCCCACGCGAGUCCACACUGCCACUCUACAGGAGUGUGAUGGAACGUGUCGGAUCGGAGAAGCGGGAUGAGCGCCUUUAUGUGAAAGAAUAUGGUCUCGAUGAAGAUACAAUACCGGAAAAUGAGGAUGGGCUUGCUCAUCUCUACCACGAUGUGAUGAUGAAUAGUGCAUUGUACCCCUCGCUCGAGUCCGUUCCAUCACGGUUAUAUGAUAUUCUACGUGAGUGGCACAGUUCUGCCAACGCAUAUACUCAGCGGAUAACUAAAGAUGGUGAGACAUAUGCAGCUCGAUUACCAGUUGUUCGUCCAUCAGCUCGUCUGCGAACAAAGAGUUGCUCGGAGUGGUAUGAGGUCAAAAAGGCGACCCUGGCGGAGGCGAAAUCUGCUUUAGCUCGAUUACCAGUUGUUCGUCCAUCAGCUCGUCUGCGAACAAAGAGUUGCUCGGAGUGGUAUGAGGUCAAAAAGGCGACCCUGGCGGAGGCGAAGUUGAAACUUCGACAAGAACAGGAAAAACUGCAAUUGGAGGAACAACGAGGGCGUGAAAAUAAGGAGAAUGCCUCACCACCCACCGUCGCAACCUCCUAG